UCGAAUAAGGAACCAUAUUCCCCUUCUCACUUCUUCGCUUUUCUGUUGAUCUGUUACCGAAGGAUUCGCCAUGCCUGCCUUGCCAUCUCUCAAAAGAUCUCGACCGUCUAUUCAUCAACUUUACUUAAUCCAACGGCUCCAAGCUCGCCAAUACUCUACUACAGAACCAUCCUCUGCUACUUCAUUGUCUCUGAUCUACUCCUCCACACGCAAUGAAAACGAAAAUCACGCUCAUGGAUCAUCCUUCAGGAGAUGGUUUUCGGGGAUCGCAGUGGGCUCCGCCUUAGGCUUAUUUCACUGGCUAUCCAAUUCUGCUUGUGAUUCUCAAUCCUCAUUCUUCAAGAGAUCGUUGUUGAGUUUUGCCGACUGGCCGACUGGAUCGACGGUGGAGAAACCGUGCUCUGCUUCAACAUUUGGCAAACUUUCGUUGCCGGACUAUAGCUCAAAAUUUAUAUUUGGAGAUGCCUAUAGGAGAAAGGUUUUCUUUAAAUACGAGAAGAGGAUAAGGCUGCGGAGUCCUCCUGAGAAGGUUUUUGAGUACUUUGCAUCUUUCCGAGCACAAGAUGGUGAGUUACGAAUGAAACCAGCAGAUUUGAUGCGGGCGGUUGUUCCUGUUUUUCCUCCUUCUGAAUCCCACCUUGUUAGAGAAGGAUAUUUGAGUGGGGAGAGGAGGCCUGGCGAUCUAAGAUGUCCUCCAUCCGAAUUGUUUAAGCUAUUUGAUCUGGACAGUGAUGGGCUUAUAUCAUUUAAGGAGUAUAUAUUUUUUGUAACAUUACUUAGCAUUCCAGAAUCAAGCUUUUCUGUGGCAUUCAAAAUGUUUGACGUUAACAACGACGGAGAGAUCAGUAAGGAAGAGUUUAAGAAAGUUAUGGCCUUGAUGCGAGCUCACAACAGACAAGGGGCUGUCCAUAAGAAUGGACGUCGAACAGUGUUGAAAGUUAGUUCUUCUGUGGAAAAUGGAGGUUUGGUGGAGUACUUCUUUGACAAAGAUGGAAAUGGUCGCCUCCAUCAUGAUAAGUUUGUCCUGUUUUUGAGGGAUUUGCAUGAUGAGAUAUUGAGAUUGGAAUUUUCACAUUAUGACUAUAAAUUACAAAAGACCAUAUCAGCUAAGGAUUUUGCAUUGUCAAUAGUUGCUUCUGCUGACUUGAGUCACGUAGAUAAGUUGCUUAAUCGGGUUGAUGAAGUGAAUAAUGAGGCACACCUCAAGGACAUUCGAGUAACAUUUGAAGAAUUCAAAAGUUUUGCUGAAUUGCGGAAAAAGUUGCGUCCACUUUCUUUGGCCCUCUUUAGUUAUGGGGAAGUAAACGGCCUGUUAACAAGGGAGGACUUCCAAAGAGCUGCAUCCAAAGUUUGUGGCAUCACACUCACGGACAAUGUGAUUGAUAUCGUUUUCCAUGUCUUCGACUCAAAUCGUGAUGGGCAUUUAAGCACAGAUGAGUUCAUAAGGGUUUUACACAAACGGGAAAGAGACAUUGCUCAACCUGUAGAAUCUGGAUUCUUGGAAGUUCUGUCCUGCUGCUUUAACUACGGAAAUGACCUGACUUUAAGAUGGCUGUUUGGGUAAUCCACUUGGUUUGCAGGCCCUGAAGCUUACAGCUCGAGUGCUUCGCUUGUUGCAGAGACUCAAACUUGCAGAAUGGACCUGCUAACUUCGGAGCGAGUUUUUCACCGGAAGUAUAUCUAAGAAGUUGAAGCUUUUUACAGUUGUGGCAAUUUUGCAAAGGGAAAAGAGCUACUGCCUAACAGGUUAUCUUAGAUGGUGUCUCCCUUUGAUUUCCUCGCAAACCUGGCUGGCUAUGAUAUGGAGGCGAUGCCUGUUGCCAUCAAUUUGUAUAUAUGUAUGUACCCUUUUGGAAAAUCUUCUUAAUAUGUGAAGAAAGUACACUUGAAAGGUUUAUUUCCUGUCAUGGCGACUCACUCUCGCCCAAAAUAACGCCUAGCUAGUACUCGUACAAGGAGGUGGUGAACAUUUGAACAUUUAUUAUUAUUAUUAUUAUUAUUACUUAAUAUAAAUAACUAUUGGAUUCA